AUGAGUGCGUCGUCGCGCAACGAGUCUGCGAGCAGCCACGUGGAGCUGCUGGGGCUGUGGGCGCCACCCGCCCUGCGCCCGCUGCUCUGGGCGUCGCUGCUGCUGGCUUACGCGGCCACCGUGCUGGGCAACGGCGCGCUGGUGGCGCUCAUCGCGCUGGACCGGCGGCUGCACCGGCCCAUGUACCGCCUGCUGUCGAACCUGGCGCUGCUGGACGCGGCCUACGUGAGCACCGCGCUGCCGCAGGCGCUGGCCCACAUGGCCUCGCGCCGGGCCCGCCUGUCGCGCGCGCGCUGCGGGGCGCAGCUGUACGUGGGCCUCUCGCUGGGCAGCUGCGAGGCGCUGCUCCUGGCCGCCUGGACGCUGGGCCUUGCGCUGUCGGUGCCGCACGCGGUGGCGGCGCUGCGGCUGCCCUUGUGCGGCGCGAGGCCGGCGGUUGACCACUUCUUCUGCGAGCUGCCGGCCGUGCUGAACGCCGCCUGCGCCGACACGGCCGCCAACCGCCGGCUGGUGUACGCGCUGGGCGUGCCCAUCCUGCUGCUGCCGCUGGCCUUCAUCGUCGCCUCCUACGCGCUGAUCCUGGCGGCCGUGCGCAGGCUGCGGUCCGCACAGAGCCGCCGCAAGGCGCUGUCCACCUGCGGCGCGCACCUGGCCGUGGUGGGGCUCUUCUACGGCACGGUGAGCGCCGAGUACCUGCGCCCGCGUGCCUCGCGCGCCCUCCCCGCCCGGCACCACAAGCUGGUGGCCGUGUUAUACCUCGUGGUCACGCCCGUCCUGAACCCGCUCAUCUACAGCCUGCGGAACCGCGAGGUCCACGCCGCAGCCCGGUUCGCGCUGGCUCGAAUGCAGGGGACGCGCCCGACGCUGGACGGAUCCUAA